AUGUUCCGCACUCCAGCGAAAAAUCAAGACGAGGCCCCCGUCCCGGUGACAGACAAGACCUUCAACAUUGACACCUCACCUAAGAGAAUCUCAAAGGUGAGGAAGAGUAUCGGAGAUUGGGAGGCCGGGAAUACAGAAGAAAAAGACAAAGACAAAGAUAAACGCGUUCGCUCGCCUCAAAAAAUAGCGGACACGGAGACAGCUGCAAAAAGGAUGAUUCAAACAAAGAUAACAAAAGUAGCGGAACAAUCACAAUCACAGCCGCUACCUGCCAAAAAAUACCUAAACAACCAAACAGAAGCAAAGGCAUGCGUGGCAAAAAUUAACCACUGUUUAAAUGUUACGCGAAAUACUAAGACAGAAAUAAAGCAAGACAUACACGAAGCAGCAGAGAGAUUGUAUCAUCUAUUUUUGGAAGCGGAACAGAAAAAGGAACAAGGAAGCAAAGUAAGGAAAGAACAAGUGGAAGAAAAGGGAGAAAAAGAAACGGAAAAGGACCAAAGAAGAAGAGAAACAGAUAUUGUUCGCGCCCGAGAUGCGGGCAACCCUAUAAGCGGGCGGAGCGGCGUGCGGGUGAAAAAACGUCACUCAAAAUCUCAACCGGCUGCCGAUGCAUACGCGCACCUCUCCGAACUUCAACAUGAAUUACAAUGUCGAUUAAAUAAAUACGAGGCAUUAUACGAUCAAUUCGAUGAAUUACAGGUGGAGAUUGAAGUGUGUUCCGACAAGCCAGAGGACGAAUACGAGGAACGUUCAAAAUUCGAAGAGCGUUAUUACGCGCUGAUGGCGCAAGCGCGCAAUCUGCUGUGCAGAGAUGGUGCAGCAGAUGACGGCCGCUCUGUUGCAGGUUCGAUAUGCAAACAAGCAGCUAUGGUGAAAGUGAUUGACGACAACGGCAACAGCAUGGACGCACGGCUUCUACUCGAUAACGGCAGUACAGCAAAUUUUAUAACGCAGUCGCUUUGCAGUAAACUAAAAUUAUCUACACGUUCUGUAAGUUCUGAAAUUAAUGGCAUUAAUAAUCAAUCGUUAACUAGUACACAAGCUUGCAACUUAACAAUCGAGUCCCAAUGUUGUAGGUAUAAAGCGAAUAUAGAAUGUUAUGUUUUACCGGAGAUAACUAAAAUACUUCCUUCUACUGUAAUAGACAUCAGUCAACUUUCGUUGCCCUCAGAUCUACAUCUAGCUGACCCUUCGUUUAACAUACCGUCAGUAAUCGACAUUCUCGUCGGGGCUGAAGUUUUCUGGGAUGUUAUAUGUACUAAAUCAAUUAACCUAGGCAAAAACAAGCCUAAGUUAGUUGAAUCAAAAUUAGGUUGGAUUGUUACAGGCCAACUACCAAUACAGACAACAUCAAAUUUUACGCAUUCUUGUAAUUUGUCGAUAAGAGAUCUUGACAACAAUUUGAAAAGGUUUUGGGAACUCGAUUCCGUCGCUUCGAGCCAUGCCCUGUCUAGUGAAGAACGAGCUUGUGAGGAAAGCUUUAAGUUGAUAUACGAUUCGUGA